CCUUGCUUCCGGUAAGACCUCCUUUUCGGCAGCGGCUGUCUCCACGCCAACAUGCCACUCGCAAAAGACUUGUUGCACCCAUCCCCGGAGGAGGAGAAGAGGAGGCACAAGAAGAAGCGUCUAGUCCAGAGUCCAAACUCUUACUUCAUGGAUGUGAAGUGUCCAGGAUGUUAUAAGAUCACGACAGUGUUCAGCCAUGCUCAGACGGUGGUCCUGUGUGUUGGCUGCUCCACAGUCCUGUGUCAGCCCACUGGAGGCAAAGCUCGUCUCACAGAGGGAUGCUCCUUCAGGAGGAAGCAGCACUAGUUUUCCUCGGAGCUGAAGAGAACGGGAUGGACUGGGAGAUAUCAGCGUCUUCUGUCCACCAUCGGGUGGUCAGCUCAGUGGUCAAGGGUUCUGGAGACGGAUCGGACAUCUAUGUUCAUCGACCAGAUGUUGCUGUAACUCUACCCCUCCAACCCUGUUCUCUUAAUAAAAUUUUCUUUUAAAUAAAAGAGUUUUGGUGAAUAUGCUCGUGAAUAAUAAAAUCUGACAAUGAA